AUGGCUCGUUUUCGCCCGGAGAGUAGCCUCACCGCAGAUUCAUUGCGGGACAAAGUCAUUUUGAUCACGGGAGGGGCAAAUGGCAUCGGCGCGAGUCUGGUCGAAUACAGCUGCGAGCACGGUGCCUACGUCUGCGUUGGUGACGUCGCUGUCGCAGCUGGUGCGAACCUCGUCGAGCGCGUCUGCGCUGCGUCGUCAUCGUCCGCUCCCCCGAGAGCGAUAUUCCAGGAGACUGACGUGACCGACUACCAGUCCAUCCUCGAUCUAUUCGACACCGCCUACAAGACCUACGGCCGGAUCGACCACGUCGUCGCCGGGGCGGGAGUCCUCGAGAUCGGAAACUGGUUCGAUCCUGACCUGACGCUGGAGACCGUGCGAGAGACCCCUUCCACAACCGUCCUCAACGUCAACCUUCUCGGGGCCCUCUAUGUGGCUCGUAUCGCCGCCGUGUAUCUACGCCAGAACCGACCGUCGCACACUGACCGCUCCCUCACGCUCAUCUCCUCCGUCGCGGGCUUCAAGGAGACCCCGGGGAUGUUCCUCUACCAGGCGACCAAGCAUGGAGUCUUGGGGCUGAUGCGCUCGCUGCGGCCGUAUCUCCCCGCCCCGGCGCAUCAGCUGCGCGUCAAUGCCGUUUGUCCGUGGAUGACGGAUACAGAGAUGGUAAAGAACCUCCAGGAAGGCUGGAAGCAGGCGCAGCUACCGGUGAAUUCCCCGUUGAGCGUGGCGACCAUCGUAGCGGGCUUGGUAGCGGACCCGACCAUGAAUGGGAAGUCGAUCUACGUCGAGGGGGGACGGGGGUGGGAGAUCGAGGACAAUCUCGAUCGCCUGGAGCCGGAGUGGUUGGGCGCGGAGCCAUCGCGGUCAUUGGCGCGGGGACAGGAGUUUUUAGCAUCUGGGAUCUAA